CUCCCCCUCCCCGAUUCCCAGAUCUGAUUGCCUCUUCUCGCGCCCUCGAUUCCCCGCGCCCGCCCCUCGAACCCUAGCGCGCCCCCUCCCCCCGCGAUCCCCAUGCCGCGGAGGGGCCACGGGGAGGCGUUGCUGCAGCAGCGGCGGCGGCGGGGGCCAGCGAGGCUGUGGGUCGCGGUGGUGGGUCUGGUGGCCGGCACCGUCUGGCUCUGCUCCUCCUCCGCGGGCCUCGGCCUUGCCCGCUCCUCGUACAGAGUCCAGGAUGUUGAUGUAACUAAGCUGUGGAGAACUGCAGAUUCAAAUGGUUGGAGAGCAUCUUCUGCACCACGUUCCUAUUGGCCUCCCCCACCAAAUGAAUCUGAGACGAAUGGUUACCUACGUGUUCGGUGCAAUGGUGGCUUGAACCAACAACGUAGUGCGAUAUGCAAUGCUGUUGUUGCUGCACGAAUAAUGAAUGCUACGCUAGUGCUGCCGGAGCUAGACACAAAUUCUUUUUGGCACGAUGAGAGUGGUUUUCUAGGUAUUUAUGAUGUCCCCCACUUCAUCAAGACAUUAAAAUAUGAUGUUCGUAUUGUUAUGAGUAUUCCAGAAAUUACUACAAAUGGAAAGACCAAGAAGCUCAAAGCCCAUCAGAUUCGACCACCUCGAGAUGCGCCAGUUACGUGGUAUACAGCAGUUGCUUUGGAGAAGAUGAAGAAAUAUGGAGCUAUAUAUUUAACUCCAUUUUCACACCGCCUGGCAGAAGAUAUUGAUGAUCCAGAGCUCCAGAGAUUGAGAUGCAGGGUGAAUUAUCAUGCACUACGAUUCAAACCUCAUAUCAUGAAAACUAGCAAUGAGAUAGUAAAUAAGCUCCGUUCAGAAGGUCAUUUCAUGUCAAUUCACCUUCGGUUUGAGAUGGAUAUGCUUGCAUUUGCUGGGUGCUUUGAUAUAUUCACACCUCAAGAACAGAAAAUUCUGAUCAAGUACCGCAAGGAAAAUUUUGCAGAAAAGCAACUUGUUUAUAGGGAAAGAAGGCUCAUUGGAAAAUGCCCUUUAACUCCAGAAGAGGUAGGUCUUAUUCUUCGUUCCAUUGGAUUUGACAAUAAAACAAGAAUCUACCUGGCUUCUGGCGACCUCUUUGGUGGGAAACGAUUCAUGAAGCCAUUUAAGGACUUGUUUCCACGCUUAGAAAACCACAACACUGUUGGUCCUGGAAAGCUGGAAGAAAAUACCCGAGGGCUCGCUGGUUCUGCAGUUGAUUACAUGGUCUGUCUCCUGUCGGACAUUUUUAUUCCUACAUAUGAUGGCCCGAGCAACUUUGCAAACAACCUCAUGGGCCACCGCCUAUACUAUGGUUUCCGGACAACAAUCACACCAAACAGGAAGUCCCUAGCUCCCAUAUUCAUGGACAGGGAGGAAGGUCGCACCGCUCGUUUUGAGGAGCGGGUCAGGCAGGUUAUGUUCAACACACACUUUGGUGGUCCCCACAAGCGCAUCCAUCCAGAAUCUUUCUACACAAACUCAUGGCCAGAGUGCUUCUGCCAAACAAACCCAAGGAACCGUGCAGACAAAUGCCCUCCAGACAACAUAUAUGAGGUUUUGGAGAGCGAAUUUCAGAGUGUAGAGGGUGAGGAAGAGAGAGAAGAAGUGAAAGCAUCUAAUCAGACCGACUCAACCAGCCAAAUAGAAGAGGCGAUGGUUUGAGAGAAUUGGCUAACUACUGUUGUAUGAGAGCACCAUGCUGGAUCAUUCAUUCCCCGCAUACCGCGGAUAGGGCAUUUUCUGGUCAAAGGAUGAAUAUGAUGGUAUACUGCCGAAUGUUGAAGGUCAACACACAGGCACAGGGGAUUCUGUUUAACUGGAGCUGUUAAAAAAGAGGUUAGAAUUAGGAGAGCAGUGAACCAAGUUUUGGUUAGGUCUCGGUCAACUAGGGGUUUUCACAGGGAAAACCUUACGCACAUUCUGUCUAUAUUAGCUAUUCAUUUUGUUAAUGAAUUGAGUGCGGCAUGUUGUGUGUAUGAUGAGGCUACAUUGGUUGGUAUCCUUUAUACAGGAUGUAUUGCAGAUGACAUGUUAUACUGUUGCACAAAAUCUUUCUUGAAUUGUCAAACGAUGUGGCCAUCAAAGAUCGGUCGGGAUACUGUAGGGAGCUUGCCAGGAGGGUACGUUUGGUAAUAUGGGAAAUCUGCUGAAAUCCUAAUGUCACUCU